UGCAGUCGUUAUGAGAACAUCUUUACAUUCCCUGUUUCAGCAAAACUCAAAAAACCACCACUCGACCGCAAGGGGAAACUUGUCGAGAAGAUCCUCUUUGGGAGUGGAAUUGGAAGAGUCAGAUUCCCAAUUUACAUACAGCAAUUCCAGUAGCCCGCAGAGAAAACUGGAGGAAGGCGACAACGACGAUGAUGCCAGUAAAUAUUCCCCAAAGGUACAAAUCAUAGCGGCCAGCGGAGACAACAUCAUAGCAGUGGCUAACCCGGCGCUGGCAAUGUCACCGGCCAUCUUGCCCCCCCUGAACCCCCUCAUAGAAGCCCGGGAAAACCGCUCCGACAAAGAUUGACCGGCUUGUUUUCUUUACAACAUAUAUUUAUCCUUCUGUAACACACUGUAAUACUGUGAUUUAUAACGUAAUUUAUCCGAAAUUGUUAU